AUGUCUACCAUAUCCUUCGAGAAGUCCCUCCAGCAUUCGCGUGAGACGGUGGAAGAUAGUCUCAUUGAACUUGAUGCGAAGGAUCAGCGUGCAUACGAGCACGCUAGGCACCAGACGAAGGAGCGGCAGGAGCACGCGCUGAUGAAAGAGCGCAAAGAGAGAGCGGCGGCGAGGGUACGAGCACCAGCGCUCAAGGAGGGGCACUUAAACCGGGCUGCCAGGAAGGCCAGCAUGGAGUUCUGGGAUGGCGAUGAGCCUGACCCUCGUACCCUCACUGGAUCCGGUCGCCCCAUUAAUGUCGCACCAACGCCGAGAAACGAAUCCGGUUUCUCUAAGAUGGCGCUUGCGGAUUUCGUGACGUUCAGGACCAAGAAACUAUCCAAGGCGCAAGAUGUUGACUUUGAGAUCCUCCCCCCUGUUCGUUCGGUCAUUGCUCUUGACGACUUUGGACACGACAUUGGGAUUAAUGAACCUUGGGAAUUCAUCUCUCUUACCCCCGAAUCGCCCGCUUGGAAGGGCCUGUCGUACGCUCAGGCUACUACUUUGAUGCUUUAG